AUGGCCGCGGCCGGCAGCACGCUCGGUUGGUGCGUUUCCGUAUCUAGAAAAGUGGGACGUUUUCUGUUUAACUCUGUUUUCAUCGCCCAGGCGGCGACGUGCGGAACCAAAAUGGAUUCGGAGAGACCGACCAAGCUGGAGUUUGCGGUGCAGAUGACAUGUGAGAGCUGUGCGGAUAAAGUCAGAGCUGCUCUGGAGGGUAAACCAGGAGUGAAGUCUGUCAGCAUUGAUGUCAGCAGAGAGGAGGUGUUGGUGGAAUCUGCUCUGACCAGUGCAGAGGUGCAGGCUCUGAUCGAAAGUACCGGACGCAGGGCGGUACUGAAAGGCAUCGGAGGAUCAGAGCAAGAUCUAGGUGCAGCAGUGGCCAUGCUGGCUGGUGUAGGAAAGAUCCAGGGGGUGGUGCGUUUCCUGCAGUUAUCUGAGGAGCGUUGCUUGAUUGAUGGGACCAUUGAUGGGCUGGAGCCUGGACUCCACGGCCUCCACAUUCACACUCUGGGGGACCUCACACAGGACUGCAACAGUUGUGGAGAGCACUAUAACCCCUUUGGAAGACAACACGGUGGUCCAGGGGACACUGAAAGGCAUGUAGGUGAUCUGGGAAAUAUUGUUGCUGGACCAGAUGGCAGAGCCUCAUUUAGACAAGAAGACAGUCACCUAAAGGUCUGGGAUGUGAUUGGCCGGUCGCUGGUAGUGGAUGCAGGGGAGGACGACCUGGGUCGGGGCAGUCACCCUCUCUCCAAACUGACUGGAAACUCUGGGGAGAGGCUGGCCUGUGGGAUCAUCGCCCGCUCUGCAGGACUUUUCCAAAAUCCCAAACAGAUAUGUGCCUGUGACGGCGUCACACUGUGGGAGGAGAGAGACAGGCCGAUAGCCGGGAAAGGUCGAAGCAAGGCCAACGCAGAGACACCGGCAGCACACCUGUGAACCUCAGACACAAACGUUAAUGCCAGUCUGAACAGGCAGAUCAUCUCAAAGAGAAAUGGAGAGGACAUUUGCAAGGCAGCGGGGAAGACAGAGCACUGAGGAAUGUUGUUUUCUGCACAGCUGGAAAGACGACCAAAGAAAAAUGGCCUUAUAUUCUUGAACUUUUUUCUCUGUGAUAAAAUCAAACGCUCCUGCAGUCGCAGUUGAUGUCCUCUGAAGGCUUGAAAUGCACUAAAGCAGAUUAAAACAGGGUGGGACUUUGUAAAAAAAAAAUCACCUCUGAUUAGCUAGAUGUCCGUUAAUGCUGUUAAAUGUUUGUAUAACCAGUCGCCUCUGACACAGCUGUCUCAUCACUGUCUAAAUUGAUGCACUUGUUAGCUCUGAGGUGUCCAUUUUGGUUGUGUACUGGCUGGGAUAAAUGCCUUUCAGUGUGCUAUGAAAGUGUCUAAGUUAAUUAUGCAAACCUCCUAAACAACAAAAAUUACAUUACAUUACAUUACACUGCUCACAUCAGCUGACUCUCCCAGCCAGGGGUACACUGUGGAGUAGUUCAGCUAAUUUGAAACAAACAAAGAAGUUAUGUUUUGGUGUUAAAUAUAUUCACAUAUUUUAGUGUGGGAGAAAAAAUCAACACACAAAUAGGAGGUUCGUUUUAAAUCCAUAAGGUGGUGUGAGUGACUCGGGCAAAGAGAUUCGAAUGAGCUCGGGAGAGAGAGUCAAAUUCCAUCCAGAGUGAAAGGGCAAGAGGGGGUAAAAGUUUUAGGCGGGGGGUGGGGGGGUUGCUUUUAAGUACUGUGUGCUCAGCUGUUUUUUCAUCAUGGACUCUGAGAGUACAGUUCCUUCGUGGUUGUUCCAGGCGACUUUAGAGCCAUAAAACGGAGAAAACCAACAAUCUUUUUAGACAUUAAUAAUCUCUGUUGUCAGACACAGUACGCGCUGAUUGAAAUGUAAUACAGUAACGUUCAAAACCUCCACCCUCUGACACUUGUUGAUUUCACGUAGCAUAUUUUCCUUCUUGAUGAAGAAAGACAUCAAUAUUGGGGACAUGGGGUGCACCAUAUUGGUCAGAUGAGUGCGUAGCAAGUUUUGCAUUGAUUUUUCAGAUUGAGCAUCUGUCUUGUCCUGGUAAAUGCCUGAAUAAGCUUAUUGAAUUUUCCCUCAGAAUGUUCUUGUCCAUUUCUGUCUGAGGGCUGUGAAGCAGCUUGAUUGCAGGGCUGCACCUAAGGAUUGUCUUUAUUACUGUUUAAUAUGUUUUGUGUAAUUCAGUCUUUGAAAUGUCAGAGCCCAAGAUGGUUCUUCUUUUUUUUUUUUUUUGUAGCAAAUGUAAUAUUUUUAGCUGAUAUAAAACAUUUAAGAGGCUGGAACCAGAGAGUGUUUGGUAUUUUUGGUUCAUCAAUUAAAUUGUCUGUCGAUCAACUAUCAGCCCAUCUUGAUGUAUGAAUCUGUGUGAAUCUUUGGUAUACAAAGCCUACGUUAGCAUUAAUUUUGCACUUGAACUGUCCUCUGUGGUUAAGCAAAUUAUUUUUUUUUUCAUAGCACAUAAUGAGUUCUUUAAUUGAACUCACUCACUUGUUGCUU